UAAGAUGGCGUCCAGCCGUUCAACAACUGCAUGAACACUGGACAACAAUAGAGACCGCGCACUGUGGCAGAGUUUAUUUUUUAUUGCUGUUUUGCUUUCGUGUCUUGUUAAACGCAUGUAUGCAAAUCGCGAGGGGGUAAUUUAACACUUUUGAAUGAAAAUAUAGUUUAUAAUGCUUUGUUUAAAGACUGGCUAGCAGACAAGCUAGGCUACAUCCGUAGCUCCAAUGUAACGUAAACGGUGAUGAUCAGCAGUUAGCCGCACUGCUACUUUAAAAGUUACUUUUAUUACGAAAACUUACCGUCAACUUUAGAAAUGCGUAUUUUUGCGCUGAAUGCAUGAAAUACGUACAGAUUAUAUCGUUUUAAAAUCGGAAAAAAAACGCUUGAACGUUUUACAAGUUUUUAAAAGUUUUUUCUCAAACUAAAUGGAGGAGAAGUCUGCGCGACCUUAUAUUGGUAAUAUUUUGCUUUAAGGGAAGAAAUGGCGUUUUAUUUGACGGGAUGCUUUAAGUAAGCGUAAUGUAAAUAUUUUUAAUAUCUACGCAAGUUACAUUUUCAUUAAAGACCAUUGAGACUGAGCUCGAAUAUUUUCUAAACAGUUUUGAAAAACAGUUGUGUUGUGUAUAUUCGUUUCAAAUAAACUUUUUGCUAGAGCUAUUUCGUAUCUGAACACAAGUGUACAGAUCUGAAUUGAUGUGCUUGUGGUUUCUUCGUGAGGAUGCUGAUGUAGUGGUAAAAUGGAGGCGGCUGAGUGUGUUUUGUAAAGACACUAACACACUGAAGCAGCUCGACCAGGUCGUUAUCGACGCUCGAGUAAGUUUUUAAACACGCUGUUGUUCUGGAUGAUGGCGGACUUUGUGGUGCCGGGGCACAGCGCGGUGGUGGAGCGGCUCCGGCGGCGGAUCGAACUUAUUCGGAGGCAUCACAGCAACUCUGAGUACCGCUAUGAGAAAACGGCGACGGAGCGGCUGGAAAUGGACAGGCAGCAGACCUUCGCGAUGCAUCAGCGCUGUCAGCAGACCAAGGCCAAACACAAGAACAAGCAAAGACAGCCGCAAGCGGCGAGCGCGGACCCAGUGCCGCAGAGGGGGACGGGCGGCGGAGGCGCGGAACUGGUGGAUGGGGGGACCGGGACGCCCGGUGAGCAGAGCAGAAACAGCACGCUGAUCGCGUUGCAGGAGACAGUCAAGAGGAAAUUGGAGAAUGCUGGUUCUCCUCUUGGCCAUGAGCAUGGUUUCGGUGAUGGAUACCCACCCUCCAAAAAUGCCUGUGUUAAGGAUUCACUAGGAGGUCUUAAUGGUGUUAAGAAUGGUGUGGUGCCAUCUCUUUCACCCAUAGAAACUAAACACAGCUCAAGAACUGACUCCAUAGUGCCCAAUGACAACCACAGGGUAGUUGCAGGUAUGCCUAAUGGUGCAGACAUAACCGACAGUGGUAUGUCAUGUGACCCAGUGUCAGAUUUUCAUCUCAAAGAAAUGAAGCAGGAGCCAGUAGAUGAUAUUUUGCCAUGCAUACUGCAUACUGGAGGUGCAAGUGGCAGCAACAACCUGUUCCCUGACCUUAACCUCAAUGAUCAGGACUGGACUGAGAUUAUGGAGGAGUUCAAUCGCUCUGUUCCAUAUGAGGACAUUCAGGAGCUCUUCAGUGUUGGUUUUGGAGAUCGAAAAGACCCAGAUGUCCUGUCCACCGGUAAAGCUCUGGGCUUGAUACCUCCAGAUCUGGCCAGUGUGAAGACUGAAUUUCCUCCUGCCUCUGCUACCUCUACCUUUGAUCAGGACUCCUGCACUGGUUCUCCUCUGGUAAGACCCACCUCGUCUGGACCUUUGUUGCAGACCAACCCUCCAUUAACAGCUCCGCCCACAUCCCCAGCCCUGCCUGUGCCGCAACAUCCAAAACAGCCUUCUAUUCAGCCCACCAGACCUCUCCAGAAUCACCUUUUGCCCGGGCCACCCAAAGACAUGUCCCCUGCACAACAGCUGCAGCAGUUAGCAGCACGUGAACAUCACAGAACGCAGAUAUUACAAAGCCAGCCGCAGCAUGUAGUUCAAAAACAGCAGCAACAGCAAGCAACACAAUUCCGCCAGCAGCCAAACCACCCUUCGUCUUGGCCUCAAAACACACCUACCCAAAGUCAACUGGGUGGGACUUUCCGGAUUGAGAAGCCCACUAGCCCUUCCUUGUACCCUAAAAACCUCCCCAAACCCCAAACCCUUCUCAUGCCAGGCCAGCAGCCUAAUAAGAGCUCUUCCAAGCCGGCCACUUCAGUAGGGUACAUGCAGUCUGCUGGAGGUGGCAACAUACAAAGCCAUCCAGCAGCUCCUAUGGGUCCCCUUAACCACCCACCCAACCCAGGGGGGCAAGCAGCAAUGUUGGACUACAGUAAUACAAAACCUUUGUCCCACUAUGAGGCUGGAGUGCCGGGGGCCUCUAAGGGCCCUCCCACCACACAGAACAAACCAAACCAGGCAAACCUUAACCUUAUGCGACAUCAACAAAUGCAGAAGCAUAGGCCACCGGGCAUAAACUUCCUACCAGCACACAUUCAACACACUUCGGAGCCAGGGUCCUACAACACCCCUCCCGUUCCUGGCAACACCAUGACGCCACAACCAAGCGCCAACAGUGUUUCGGGUAACCAUGGUAAUGCAGCAUACAUGAAGCAGCAGCAGAUGCAUUUGAGCCAGCAGCAAAAACAGUUCCUGCAGAGACAGAUGAUGGCUGAACAGGAGAAACAGAGGCAGCAACAAGAACAGCAGUUGCAGAGGCACCUGACCCGUCCACCACCCCAAUACCAGGACCAACAGAACCAGCAGGCCAAGCAGAGCCCAUUCCAACAACAGCAACAGGUGUCCCAGUUCACAGGCACAUCACAGACAAUCGUUAAUGUAAACUCUUGUGGUCCUGCCCCAGGAGCUCAGCAAAUGUUCUCUCAGACACAAAGCAUGAUGGGAAUGGGUGUGGGCAAGAGUGGCGGCCCCCCUCCUGGAGCCCCUUCUGUUGCCAGUCAAGCAGAUAUGAAUCUCCCACCCUGUGCAGGUGGUCUUGAUGUCAUCUAUGGGAACAUGCCUCUGCAUUCCUCCCACCCCAACCAACAGAGACCACUAGUACAAACUAUGUCUGCUGCCUACCGUCAGAACAUUUUAACAGUCCAGCAGCAACCACAUUUGAAGAGCCACCCCAACACUGCCAUGCUAAAACAACAACAUAAGCACCUAGUUCGCCUACCUAAUAGCAUGCCCAAUGUCAUGGCUAAUAACAUGAGCUCUUCCAUGCCAUCCAGUAUUCAAGGUGCCUUGCCCACACAGCCCCAACCCUGGCAGCAGCAGGCCCAGCAGCAUCCUGGUCUGCAACAAGCGAUGGGGUCCCAGCCAGGCUGUGUUAAUGGGAGCAUGACUGCAGGCUUUCCAAACUCUGGCUUCCUUGCGCAGUCAAGGAUGACUAAACUUCCCAACAAUGCCCCAUUUUCCCAGGUUGGAAUGGGUAAUAGUGUGGCUGGAAGAUCCCUGGCUGGCAUGAACCCUGGACAUAUAAUGCCUAAUAUAAAACAACAACGGACAAAUAACCCUGCCAUGGAGCAGCACAUGCCUCCUUCCAACCAGCAGACUCCCCAGCAAGGCCAACCGGUGUCUCAAACCCAGCAGGUUCUGACCGAUCUUGGGCCUUUUAGCCAGGCUCAGACUGUACCCAGCUGCACUGCAGGGCUUCAAAGCAAUCAAACCUAUCUUAACAGGACAGCCAGUCAGCAACUUCAGUUUGGCUACAACAGCCAAUCAAGUGGCAGCUUGUCUGGAUUCCCUGCUGCAACUGAGCUGGACUCACUGUUGAAAAAUCAUUCAACCCAGGAGUGGAUGGAUGAUUUAGAUGAGCUGUUGGCCAGUCACCAAUGACUGACACAUACUGACCAAUAACAGACUUUUUAAGCAAAUGUUGGUGCCUUUGAUGGGGGGGUAGAAUGGAUUUACUGGUCGUAUAGUUGUCAGAAUGUCUGUUUCCUCUACUGAGUAUGUACUUGGUCCUGUGCUGAACUCAUAUUGAAUUACAUAAACCAAGAGCCUAGUAGUAUUGAAAUGUUGUCUGGGCUAAAAAUAUUGAGGAGGAAAAUGCUCUACUACUGAACCUGUGGCUCAUUAAAACCACUGAAUUUUACUAUAUGAUAAGUGUAUGCAAAGAAAAAAAAAUUCCACUGCGUUUAUUUGCAUUGCCUGUAGGCAUGCGGAGAGUAUUUUAAAUAUGAGUAGUCCCUUUAAACAGCCUCACAAGCCUUCAUUUUGCACUCUGUAGUUGCAUAACCGAUUUACACAUGCAACUGAAUAUGCAAGUAAAAAGUGUGGUCAAUUACUUAAAGUAAAAGAUCACCCAAAAGUAAGAAUUCUGUCAUGAUGUAUCCGCUCUCCUGUGUUUUAGAACGUUCUUUGCAGCUGAAACUGAGCUCUGUAGUUGUAAGUUUAUUUGCUGUCACAUAACUCCUUUGUCAUAUAGAUUUGGUGAAAUGGUGGUAUGGAAAAGCAAUGUUUGAAAUCAGGACUGACCUGUCAAGGCUAAAAUGUAACAUGCAAUGUGUUAUAUUCCUUUUUACUUUCUGUAAGUAAUACAGUGAGUCAUUCAGGUUUGAAAAGAUGUAAACGUGAGUAAAUAAUUUGCGUUUUCAUAUUUAAGUGAUGUAACCAAUCACGUUCAAAAACCUCUAUUCAAAUCAGUUGCGAUCCGUGAAUCCUCUUCAGGGGAAGCAUUAAUGCGAAGCUCGGCAGAACAUGUUUUUAGCCCGUCAUUUGUGUGGCGGGUCAUGUCAAAAUAUGUGCCUGCAGCAGAUGGGUUGAAAGGGUUUUUAAUAAAAGAGACACUCGCGUUUGCUAGAUACUCGUGUAAUCAGAGUUAAGUGUUAACGCAGUGUCUUCUGAACGUGAGCGUUUCUUUGAUCCUUUUUGACUCGCCUGCAGCAGGCACGUAUUUUGACAUGAUGCACAUAGGUUCACGUGAAGCGCUGAACACGUAUUUUGAAUUCCUGCUUCUCAUGAAGAGGAGGCACCGAUUGCCACUGCUUCAAAUGUAGUUUCACACAUUGUAAGAAUUGGAUGCUUUGACAGGUUGUGUGAGCUUAUAUGAUUAAGACUGUGGAGCAGUUUAGAACACUACAAUGAUAAAGUGAAAGUGUGUAUCUCUAUGUGGUAUUUGAUGAUUCAUAUUACACUUUUUUUUACUUUGAAAAGCUUUGUUAUAAACUUAUGCAUUGGUUAGAGGGUUAAUAUUGCAUGAAUAAGUGAUACCUGCAUAAUGGCUGACGGGAGUUAUUUUAUAUAUUAUGUAUGUAGUUCUUAUUGUUCAGGAGAAGAUAGAUCUUAUUUUUAUAUGUACAUUAUUGACAAAGUUUUGUAAGUAUUUUAGACUUUUUUAUUGUUCUUUGUAAACAGGAGUAUGAUGUAAAUAUAGCUCUUUAGAAAUUGA